AUGGAAAGGGAGAGGGAUGCCUGGCUAGGAGGCAGUUGGGAGUUGGAGGAAGUGAGCUGGGGAGGAGGGACCAUAAACAGGAAGCAGUGUUUCACUGAGGGGCUGGUUGAGCCACCAGGCCAGGCAACAGCAGUCCCCCUCACCUCUGUCCUGAGGCUUGAACCUAGGGCGUCAUACGUGCGAGGUGAACCUCUACCACUGAGCCACAUCCCCAGCCUGCAACUGAAGCUUGGAUGGGUUUUACACGGGGUUGACAGAGGCCGGAGGCAGGAGCAGCACCAUGGUGGCACACAGCCUUGCCUGUCUGACCAGAAAAGGGAGCUUGAGGACCUGGAGAGAUGGCUUACUGUCAGUGCUGAGGGGAGCCAAGCUUGUGCCAAGGGCUGUGAGCUCUGUUCAGAAGUCAACGGCUGCCUCAAGUGCUCGCCCAAGCUGUUCAUUCUGCUGGAGAGGAACGACAUCCGCCAGGUGGGCGUCUGCCUGCCCUCCUGCCCGCCUGGAUACUUUGAUGCCCGAAACCCCGACAUGAACAAAUGCAUCAAAUGCAAGAUUGAGCACUGUGAGGCCUGCUUCAGCCACAACUUCUGCACCAAGUGUCAGGAGGGCCUGUACUUGCACAAGGGCCGCUGCUAUCCAGCCUGUCCCGAGGGCUCCACAGCAGCCAACAGCACCAUGGAGUGCAGCAGUCCUGCACAAUGUGAAAUGAGUGAGUGGUCUCCAUGGGGGCCCUGCUCCAAGAAGAGGAAGCUGUGCGGUUUCCGGAAGGGAUCGGAAGAGCGGACACGCAGGGUGCUCCAUGCUCCUGGGGGAGACCUCACCACCUGCACUGACACCAAAGAGACCCGGAAGUGUACAGUGCGCAAGACGCCAUGUCCUGAGGGGCAGAAGAGGAGGAAGGGGGGCCAAGGCCGGAGGGAGAAUGCCAACAGGCAUACGCCUAGAAAGAACAGCAAGGAGCCAGGCGCCAACUCUCGGAGACACAAAGGGCAGCAGCAGCCACAGCCAGGGACAGCAGGGCCACUUACAUCAGUAGGACCCGCCUAGGCACGGUUGAUCAGUCUCCAGAUCUGUGUGGAAGAGUCUUAUGCUGUACUGCAUCAUGGGAACUUUCCAGAACUGGAGCAUCUGGGACAGCAAGUCCACACAUCCUCCACUCGCCCACCCACCCAUCUAUCCAUCCAUCCAUCCAUCCGUGCAUAUCCAGGCGCACAUAUGGCCACAUCAGAAAACGUCAAUAUACACACACACAUUCUUGAUUUUUGAAGUCAUCGAGGAUACUUCCCUCCUGUGGCCCAGCUGUACACACUCAGUUUAUGAUGCUCUCAGAAGACAUGUCUGAGAGGACGUUUCCCAGCAUCUGAACCUAAACUUCAGGGAGUGGAACCUUCUGGAGGAAUUGCUGGGACAGCAUCUGGCAGGUGGAUGGCAGACCAGAGCCAAAGCUGGAGCAGCUGCCAAGGGGGAGAGUGCUUUCCCCUGGCCUGUGUGGCACUCCCAGCUAUGUGACUUGAUUGUUGGAGAUGAGAGUCAUUACACAACCGGGGUCUAUGUCAGGGCUGAGCUGACUUGGAGACGGCUUAAAGUUUAUUUCAAAUUAAAAAACAA